AAAGAAACACCCAGAUUUGCUGAUUAUUCCCAGUAAUCGAACGACUACUUAUAUAAAGAAGUUAUUUCAGAAAUUUAUCGCAGUUUUAUAUUGUGACUUUAACAAUGGCAGCCAAAUUCUUAGCUUUAUUUGUGAUAGCCGCGGCAUUGACCCAAGGUCAAGCCAUCACUCAAAUCACUCUACCCGACGAGCACUACACAUUCCUGACAAACCCGCUCAUCGGCAAAUCUCUAUCGAUCCCCAAGUCUUUCCUGGAUACCCUUCAAUCUUGCAACGUCAUCUUCCCAAAUGGAGCAACCUACGAAGCUUACCCUAACAACAGACUGCCCGCAGGACCUGUUUCGUUCUUGCAUGCCGUCCAACCUUUUACCAGCUGUGCUAUAGGAUUCUUGGGAGCUGAUGUGUCCUACAGUGGUACUUAUGAACUGAUGUCUUUAGUCCAUCAUUCGGCUGAUAAUAGUCUGAGUUUGAUACGGCAAAGAUUCCAUUUGACCCUUGUUGAAAUUGAUCCGUGGAAGGGAGAAGUUGAGGCUUGAAUUUUGUACGUAGGAUAGAUGGUGCUUCUUAAUGUUUUAAGUGCAAUAUAAAAAUGUUUUUCCUGUAA